GUUGCGUCGCUGUUUCCUCGAGCACGCAUGCGCAGGCGCCACCAACGACCAACGUGUAGUUCUUUUCCGGUGACCCCACGAACAUGGCUCGUGGUCCGAAGAAGCACUUGAAGCGUUUGAAUGCGCCCAAGGCAUGGAUGCUGGACAAGCUGGGCGGCGUUUACGCCCCCAGGCCCAGCACCGGCCCCCACAAGCUGCGCGAGUCGCUGCCCCUCGUCAUUUUCCUGAGGAACAGGCUCAAGUACGCGCUGACCAAGUCUGAGGUGACCAAGAUCGUCAUGCAGAGACACAUCAAGGUGGACGGAAAAGUGCGCACCGACCCCAACUACCCUGCUGGUUUCAUGGAUGUUGUCACUAUUGAAAAGACUGGCGAAUUUUUCCGCCUGAUCUACGACGUGAAAGGACGCUUCACCAUCCACCGCAUUACUGCCGAAGAGGCCAAGUACAAGUUGUGCAAGGUGAAGAGGGUGCAGACGGGCCCCAAAGGCAUUCCCUUCCUUGUGACCCAUGACGGCCGCACCAUCAGAUACCCCGACCCCAUCAUCAAGGUCAACGACACCAUCCAGUUGGAAAUUGCCACUUCCAAAAUCAUGGAUAGCAUCAAAUUUGACUCAGGCAACUUGUGCAUGAUCACAGGAGGCUGUAACUUGGGGCGAGUUGGCGCCAUCGUCAACCGGGAAAGACAUCCAGGAUCCUUCGACAUUGUUCACAUCAAGGAUUCCCAAGGACAUACUUUUGCCACUAGAUUGCAUAACGUUUUCGUCAUUGGCAAGGGCAGCAAAGCGUACGUGUCGCUGCCCAAGGGCAAGGGCGUCAAGCUCAGCAUUGCGGAAGAGCGCGACAAAAGGCUUGCAGCAAAAUCUUCGUAAGCAAUGCCUUCCCUUUGUUUGUAAGCCUAUGUCAAUAAAGCUGAGCAUGUCUCUCA